ACAGCUUUCUGCAUGGGAUGUCCGUUUAGCCGUCGCAUGGGAAGCGUGUACCCAUCUUUCCAACUUUAUACUCUUCGCCUUCCCUCUCUCGUGCCGGCACUCAAAUCACCACCUCUCUCUCUCUUCUCCCUCUCUCUUUCUCUCUCUAAAACCAGCGAGAUUAGAGAUGGAAAAAAACCCUCAUUUGCUAGGGCUGUGAUGUCCAGUUUUUUCCUUAUAACACAAAAUUUCUCCCUCCUUUCUCUUUCUUCUCCUCAGGAUUUAUUUGUGCCGAGGUUUCCUCAGAUAGAGGGUUUUAUCUCUCUCUCAUGCUGCAAGAGUGAGUAGGUUCUCUCAUUAUGUUGAAGAAAGGAAAGCUUCUUGUGGGUCAAAAAGUUGAGGUUAGGCAGUUGGAUGAAGGGCUUAGAGGGUCCUGGCAUCCUGGUGUGAUCACAUCUGCUCGUGGAUCGAAACAUUGUGUAGAAUAUGAUGAGCUCCUGAACCAAGAGGGCUCUUCAAAGCUGAUAGAAUGGAUUUCUGUUGUGAAUGCAAUUGGCGGCGACCCUGGCUUUGGCCUGCAUAACUAUCGGGGUCGAAUUAGACCCCCCCCACCACCCCAUGAUGAUGAUGAGAAGCUUCUGUAUGGCAUGUGUGUGGAUGCCAUGUUUGAAGAUGCAUGGUGGGAGGGUGUCAUUUUGGCUGGCAAGUCGGCCUCUGAGAAAUCAGUGUUCUUUCCAGAUGAGGGAGAUGAACUGAGGUUUGGUGUCGAGAAAUUGCGGGUCACAUGUGAUUGGGAUGAGGCCACUGGCCAGUGGGUACCACGUGGUUGUUGGUUCUUGAUCGAGUUGUUCGAUCAUAACAAGAAUCUCUUGGGCCAUUCUGUCAAAAGAAAAAAGAAGCACUUGGCCCAUUCCACCUCCUCCUCCUCCUCUUUGGUGAUCAAGAAUAUCUGGUUCAGGCUAAGGAUGGCAAUGGAGUUCUCAAGGGAGAUUCCAGAAUGGACCUGUGGGGACUUGGGCAAGUGGGCCCCUCUUGUUCAAGAGAUAAUGCUCCAGGAGCAAGCUGGAAUUCUUCAAAUUUGUGGUUCGGAACUAUCACUGGUGCAGAAUGCUAUUAGUCAUGGAGAGAAAGAAGCAUCAAAGGUAGCUUUGAAAGACGUUUCCUUGAAACAAAAUGGGACUAGUCAAGUUGAGAAAGAAGCAUCAAAACGAGCUCUGGAAGUUUCCUCUGAGAAAAAUGGUGGCAGUGGUCAUGGAAUGAGAGAAGCAUCAAAGAGAGCUCUGAAAGUUUCUAAGAAAGAACCUGAUGGUACUAGUUAUGGACAGAGAGAAUUAUUGGAGAUAGGUUUGGAAAUUUCAUCGUGGAACAAUGGCACAAGUAAUGGAGAGAGAGAACCUCAGGGCAGAUCGAGGGAAAUAGUGCGCAGGGCUUUUGAAUCUGAAUACUGCCCUCAGGCAAUAAAGGAGUACAUGGUUGAGUUUGGGGAGAAGGGAUUUAAGGGGUGUCUUUUUCCGGUUAGGGAACGAGCGAGAAGACAUCUCCUUGCUGUGGGUUGGAGGAUCAAGUGUCAGGUAACGGAAGCAGGGAAGUUCCUCUACUAUGUCUCACCCAAUAGAGAGCGUUACUAUUCUUUGCAUACAGCUAUUUUGGUAUGUGCAAGGCAAGAACAAGCAGCAACAGAUAGUGACAAUGAAGGGGAGGGGGGUUUGAUAACUGAGAGCUCAAUUCAGGAACAUGGUUCCCAUGUUGAAGAAACAGAGUUUGGGCUCAUGAUAUCUUUAGAGGAACAAUCAUGUGGUGAUUUGAAGAAACCCAGGACAUGGCACAAGAGGAAGGAGAUUUGGGGUCAGGCUUCACAGAAAAAUGACUCAUAUGGUGACCUGCGACAUUCCAACUUGAGAUCUAGGCAAGGGUGUAAAAAGAGGAGAAAAAAUGAUGCUACUGAUUUUUACAGUAGAAAGAGAAGGUGUGGUGAACCUAAAGAGGAGAGGCUUUCGCUCCAGCAUAGUACAGAUGGCGGUCACUCGAAGGGAGCCCCAAGAGGUCAGAUGUCACCAUGUUCGGGCAAUUUGGGUGUGUUCUCAUGGAUGAUAGAUAACAAGGCAUUGUUAUUGAGGCAGAGUGUGUGUUUCUUAAGCGAAAAGGACGGGCAUGUGAUGGCACGGGGAUGGAUAACUCGAAAAGGCAUUAUGUGUAAAUGUUGCAAGCAGGUUUAUUCUCCAUCUGGUUUUGGGGCCCAUGCUGGUGGGGGUAGCAGGGCUAAGCAGAAGGGACUAUCUGCCUGCAUCUUCUUACAAGAUGGAAGGUCCCUGUUACAAUGCCAAAGUGAACUUUUAUCCGUCUUUAGAUCACAAUCAUUUGGCCAGCUGAAGACCACUCCCCAUUGCUUAAGUGACAAGAUAUGCAGCAUCUGCCAUUAUGGAGGAGAUUUAAUAUUAUGCGAUCGCUGUCCCUCUUCAUUUCAUUUGAGUUGUGUCGGGCUGGAGGAAUUGCCAGAAGGAAAAUGGUUUUGUCCAUCUUGUAGAUGCAACAUUUGUGGUGGGAGUGCUUUCAAUUCUGAUUUCGAGCAAUUCAUGGAGAAGACAGUUUUAUGUUGCUAUCAAUGUGGAUGUGAAUAUCAUGUGGGCUGCUUGACGAGAAAGAGGCUGUCAAAACCCAAAAAUUGCUCACAAGGACAUUUGUUCUGCUGUAAAAAAUGUUCUAAGAUAUAUGUGUCUCUGCGUGCACUGCUGGGCCAAUCAAAUCCAAUUGGUGUUGGAAGCUUAUCUGUCACUAUUUUGAGGUCACCAAAAGAUGACAAUGGCGAUCUUAAUGCAUCUCAGACGGAAAUAAUGAUCAAGUAUCACAGCAAGCUUUCUGAUGCUCUUGAUGUACUGCAUGAAUGUUUUAAUCCGAUUGUUGAAUCUCGUACAAAGACAGAUCUUUUCUCUGAUGUUCUCUUCAAUAAACGGUCUAAUUUAAAGCGGUUGGACUUUCGGGGAUUUUAUACAGUACUUUUGGAGAGGGAAGGUGACCUUAUAUCUGUGGCUGCAAUUCGAAUACAUGGAAAGAAGGUUGCAGAGAUGCCUCUUGUUGGUACUCGUGUUCAAUUUCGGAAACAAGGGAUGUGUCGACUUCUAGUUCAUGAAAUUGAGAAGAUGCUAUCUAGAAUGGAGGUCGAAAUGUUAAUUGUGCCAGCUGCUCCACAACUAAGUGAAACUUGGAGAAAUUCUCUUGGGUAUACAGAGAUGCCACAUUCUAAGAGAUCAAAGUUUUUGGGGUUCACCUUUCUAAAUUUUCCAGAUACGACCAUGUUUUGGAAGUCUCUCAUGAAAACAAAGGGUGUCUACAAAGACCUCUUGGACACUGCUAGAACCUCGCAGCCAGAUACACGUAAUGUCUCUGAAGCAAGUGAUACAUUACUCCCUAGCUUAUUCUGUGGUGAUACUCAUGCAUCUCCUUUACGGGUUCUAGAACCCAUGUGCCAGAAGCUCCUCAAGACACCGAGAGGAAGACCAAGAGUCCUCAAAAAAGGAAACAAGAAAAUUAAAGACGUGGGGUUGGAUGGGUAUAGUAAUUCUUCGAAAGCUAAGAAGACAACAGAUUCUGUUCAAAAUGUCCCUUGUGAUGAUUGCCACGAAUCUUGUUCACACGAAGGAAGAAUGUCCCUGAAGUCCUUAAAAAGAGGAAGAGCGAGACCCCUAAUCAUCAGCAUGAGAAGAAAACAAGUGAAAUGUGUUGCUUCUGAAGCUAAAGAAACAGUUAAUCUUAUUCAAAAGGUCCCUUCUGAUUACAGUCGUGAAUCUUCUUUUGAUGACCAAGAAACCAUAAAGAAACCAAGAGGAAGACCCUGGAUUCUCACCCAGAGAAGUAAAAAAGUUCAGAAUGGCUCGAGGAUGGAUGGAAUUGUUGCUAUUUCUAAGGGGGAGGAUAAUACUCGAGCAUCUCUCUCGCACCAGCGAACUAUUCGAAGUGGUCACAACAAUCAAUUAAUUAAUGCUUCACAGCCUUCAUUAACUGAAAAUAUUCUUCAAGAGUUCCAAUCUGUUAAAGAGGCUACACUGAUGGAGGAAAGGAAAAUUACUGAGGUUGACGCAUGUCAUGACGACCACUUGCUUACUUCUUUGGAAAUGGUUAAUCUGAAUCAUCUGAGAAAAUGCAUUGGUGAUAUUGAGAGGAGGUUUAAGGGAUUCUGUUAUAGACGUAAACCACUUCAGAGAAAAUGCAUUAUUGAGAGGAAGUUCAAGGGAUUCUGUUAUGGGCGUAAACCAGUAUUAUUUUCCUAACUGGGGAACUGAUGGCGCAUUCUUGUACCUAUAUAGCACACCCCCUUUUUGCUCCCUCGGUGUAAAUUUGUAGUCAUCAAUCAGAACCAUGCAUCAGGGGUUUAGUCCAGAGAAUUAUUCGUAGCUAUGAUAAAUUUUUGUAUCAAACACAUCAUUUAAGUUAUCCAUUUAUGUUAUGAGGAUCGA